AUGGAAUCCAGCGAGGAUGUGGAGGUUCUGAGCAAAGCGAUCGAGAAGCUUCUCCAUGAGAAGAGGAAGAGAGAAGCUUCCGGUGACCCCUUCAUCGAAGACCACGACGAUCAGCUUUUGCUCUCUACCCUCAUCUCUCAGGUCUCUGAGUACUCUAUGAUUUCCAUGAUGAAAGACAGAAUAAGCCACCCAAUCAGAUCCAUCGGAGGUAUGCUUUCUGGGAUGUUCAAAGGUAAGAUUCGUCCUAUCAAAAGCCAGCUUCCAGAGACUUCCAAUUCCAAGGACCAAAAUAACCAUAACAAUACUGGUGGAGUUCAUAUCCAAGUUCCAGAGCUGUUGCAAGAAUUCGGCUUCGACAAUGAUGAAGAAUGA